UGCCCUUUUGUUUAUGCUUAAACAUAUUAUACAAAACGUAAUCUCUAUUUCCAGAAACGGAAAGAAGACACCGCAGCCAAGCAUUUAUUACAAUUUUCCAAGGCGGUUUUUAUUUACCUCCCAAAAGUUCAAACCCAUUGCGUUCUAUUCCAUUGUGGCUUUGACAGAAACAAGAGUUGCGACAUUACGAAAUGUACUCGAGAAAGAACUGAGCGCACUUGGAGUAGUAGGAAGAAUAUAUAUUGCUCCUGAGCAAGGAAUUGGUGGAAUUAACUGUCAAAUGGCUGUACCGAUUGAAAAAUUAGAUACAGUGAAAUCUUAUUUUGAUGGCUUUAAAAAUGAUUUCGGCCAAAUAGAGUAUAAUGAAGGAAUUGAAGAUACGUCUUCUCCGAAUUUUAGCAAAUUACGUGUACUCGUGAAAAACAAUUUAGUGUCAAUUCGUCAACAUGUCACAACACAAGACCUGGCAGUGCAGCCUCAUCAUCUGACACCGGAGGAUUGGCACUCACAAUUGAGUCAAAAAAAUGAGGAUCUAUUUUUACUGGAUAUGCGAAAUCAGUAUGAGUAUCAUUUUGGCCAUUUUAAGCAUGCGAUCAAAAUGGAUGUAGACACUUUUAGAGAUGGAAUUCAAUUACUAGAUGAACUCGUCGCUAAUAGACCAAAGGGUGAUGAUAUUUACAUGUACUGUACAGGUGGUAUUCGCUGCUCAGUCGCUGGGACGUACUUAAAAAAAAAGGGCUAUGAAAAUGUUAAAAUGCUCAAAGGUGGUAUCACAGCGUAUGGGCAUUACAUUAAGGAAAAUCAGGAGAAACCCUCUCUCUUUAAGGGUAAAAAUUUUACUUUUGAUGGUAGAAGAGGUGAGCCUAUCACCAAUGAUGUAUUAACACAAUGCUAUCACUGUGGCUCUUCCUGUGAUCAUGUCACGAAUUGUGUGAACAAUAAGUGUCAUUUAUUGUUCGUGCAGUGUGAGACAUGUAAAUCUAAAAUGAAACACACUUGUAGUGAUCAUUGCCAUAAUGUAUUAAAAGGAAUAGAGGAAUACAAAUUGGACUAUGACUACCACAGACAGGUUGCAAAAGCAUGGUAACACACAUUAAUACGUUCCUGUAAUUGGCACGUUAUUCAUAAUUGAAUAUUACUUUUUUUUUUUUUUUUGUCUUUUCAUUUAAACAAUAAAGUUUGUUCCUUGACAUUUUCGCCUUU